ACCAAUUGCUGUGAUGUUGUUGCUCCGCCGACGGAUGAAAACCGUCGGACAGGCUAAGGGCAAAGUUGUCCCACCUGUAUAAUGUUGUAGCUAAAACUAACGAUUAUUUGUCGUAAUAAUGACUAUGUGGGUCGCCAGACGAUUUCUGUCGACGGUUGUUCAGAGAAGUCAGUUUGCGGGACAGUACGGUUUGUUCCGCCGCCCUCAGCACGGCUGCCUCCCGGAGCUGGAGCCUCGGUACCUCCAGUGCACAUGUUGUUGGCGGAGCCGGGUCCCCGUGGCAGGCUUUGAGACCCUGAACGCUACUCUGUCCUCCACCUCUAAGACAUGCAACGAGGACAACAGAUCCCUGGACGACUACUACACCUCCGCGCAGCGAAACACCAUCCUCCACAUGCUCAACAACGCCACACCGGCGGAGCUGGCCGGCGUCAAGCUCCUCAGAGGCCGCAAGUCUGUCAACAUUGUGGAGUAUAGGACUCAAAACGGACCCUUUAAAACUCUGGAGAGUGUGGUGAAUGUGCCGCGGCUGAAGCACAAAAGUGCUGUGAUAGUGUUUAACUCCAUCCUCAACCCGGUGAAGAAGGAGAGGAAAGUGAGGAUUCAGUUGGCAAAGUUUAUCAGACCAGAGGUCGACAGGUCCUGGUUGGAGGAUGCCAGUACCAUUGUGUCAAUAGUGUGUGGCACUAAUAAAAUUGCCUGGGCUCAUGUGGACCGUGGGAUGAAAGUGCUGGAUUGGCAACAGCUGGCAUGCCCAAAUUUUUUGAGGGGGACAUACAUGGCCUCUGCUUACUUGACUGAUGUGUCUGCAGUUCUGGCGCUCCUCCCAUCAGCUGACUUCUACAUACUAGAAAAAUCCUCCAUCACGCUGCAGAAUACGGCUCUGUUUCCCAUCAUGGUCCACAUGAGGACUGUGGAGGCCAUGCUGUUUGCUCUGCUCGAGCCAAGAAACUCACCGCCUGACUCCAACAUUCCUCCCAGAGUUUUGAACAUGAUGCGAUCUGCAGUGGGACGCCACUUUGGCCUCAUGGUGGGCGAGUCGCGGACCAGCGGAUCACAGACGGUGCGAAAGCUGAUGACUGAGUCGGUGACACAGAAACUUCCCAGGAUAAACUUCCCUUCUGAGCUGCUGCUGAAGUACAGGAACUCUUUUGAGUUGGGCAGUAAAAGCGGAGGCGAGGAGCUCUGUGAUGCUCUGCUUCAGGCUGUGGCUUUUUACGAGCUGCUCAGCGAAUCUUCCCCCACGUAGGUCAACCUCGUGCACAGACCAGAAUUACAUCCACCAAAACAAACCUCCUUAGCCCGUUUGGACUUUUAUCAAACAUUGACACCCUGGACAUAUGUGGUAGUGGCUGAUAAUAUAUUUAAGUAAUGAAUAUUUGUACUGUUACAUAGAGCACUCUAAUGCUGUUUUUGGGAUGCUGAGCGUGAGGGAUGCUGCUGUGUUUUAUUUUUGUUGUCCACCUUGUUGGAUUUUGACAUUUGCUUGAAGUAAAUGCUGUCUUUCAUCUACCAGCUGUCUGAGGAUUUUCACUCCUCUUAGUAUGUGUUUUUUUUUUUUUUUACAAGAAUGUAAAACACAACACGGUUCUCACCAGCAAAAAUACAAAAAUUACAAAAAUAGAAUUCUUUAAUUUACUAUUCAUGGUUGCACUUACAUGUAAAUAAAACAUGAUUUGUAGUCUCAUGUGCAUUAAA